AGUGGAGACUAUGACUGGGCCAAUUUCGUGUAUGCGUAUGCUCGGUGAGUACGAGUGCUGCUCGACGGUGGCGGCGGCCGGUCCGCGGCGAGGCCGAGCAAGGGCGAACAUCAAGUGCUGACCCUCAUGCGCCUCGCAGCGGCCGCUUCGACCCACUGCGCCUGCCAUGGCCGCCAAGUCAGUCCACGGCAUACCCUGGCGCCGAGACGCGCAUCGUCGACGAGCCGUAUGUCUCUCCGAAGUCUUCGCCGCCUGCAGAAGGCUUCGAUCCCAACGCACGCCGUCCGUCCCUGACCUACAUCCGGGCCACGGGUGCAAACCUGCAAGCGAUGAGAGACGAUGGCGCACAGAUCCGCGCUGCCUCACAGGCCGGCGAUGCAGGCGCCACAGACCUCGACCGGUCGCCGGCCGACGAGGCGAUGGCGUCCUGGCCGGGCCCGAAGAUGUUCGCCGGCUCUCGCACGCCGCCGCCAAUGAUGCCCAGUACCGCGGAGCUCAAGGAAAGUGCACUGGCAGACGCUUCGCGGGAGCGUCAGGGCAGUCUGCCAGCACAAGCGCCACCGCGGCCGACGCCCUCCGAGGCACCGAGUCCGCCGGCGUCGCUGAGUGGCGACCCGUUCGCACUGCUGCAGUUCGUCUCCUCCAGUUCGCCACAGGUGCGCGAGGCCGCGUCGCUCGGCGACGCAGCCCAGCGCAUGAUGUCAGACUCGCCCCACGGCAGGAGUCCGGCACUCGGUGCAAAGUCCAGCCCGGAGCUGUCCGGCAACAAGAUGGCCAAGGGCAGCCUGGCCCGGCAGACGUCAGAGGGCAGGAAGCCGGCCUUCGACGACUCUGUGUGGCGAGCAGACGAGGCUAGCAGCGCAGGUGCUAGGACAGCGCCGCGUGCUACAGGCGCUCCUUCGGCCACGCGGCCGGACAUGCACGCCCAGAUCAGCGACUUCGAUCUAGAGACGGCGCACGUCACUGUCGGCAGCCACUCCGCGCACUCUGCCGCGGGCCAGCGCGGCUCGUCAGACAGCGCUUCGUCCCAGCCCUCGUCGCCAGUGCCAUCCAGAAGCAUGCUGGAGGCCGCUCGGCGCAGCACGAUGCGCCCAAGCGGACAUUCUUCAGCUGCUUCGUCGGCCUCGAACGUGGUACAGGUCAGGUCGCCCGACUCGAUCUCGUCAGCAGCCGAUGCCGCGGAGGCGCCCAGCCGCCCAGGCCCUACGCCGGUGCAGCUGCCGCCAGAACUGCAGCAGGACGGCUCCGAACCACCGCAGACGUGGUCCUCGGCUCCUGAGGGCAUGCUGACGAGCUUCAAUUCGGUCUUGUCGUCCCACUUGGGCGGAGUCAGGAGGAACGAGGACGCAAGCACGAGCGACAUCGGCGACACGUCCACAGUCUCGGGCCUGCGACGGGCCGCGAGACGAGCCAGUGCGCGGCGCGAGCGGCCCCUGGUGAGGCCUCGCACGGCAGAUCGCAAUCUCCCUCCGCACAGUCAGAGCUUCCACGGCAUUGCACGCCCCUCCUUCGACGACGGCAGUCCGCUCGAGCCUGCGCCGGACAAGUGGGUCCCUCCAAUGAGCGAGUUGCGUCCGCGUCCUCCGCAGACGGUCGGCCGCACGCACUCCGACGGCGAAGGCGACGAGCCGGGCGCGGGCGCGCGUCGCAGCGAGAGCCACAUGUACGAGAGCAUGCGCAAUAGCUGCGGUCAGCGCACAGGACCACAUUCAGGCAAUCGCUCCCGCACAACGUCGGACGCCCAGUGGCAACGCUCGCAGGAUCAGGACAUCAUCUCGCAGCCAUCGUCUGGCAAUCCGUUCGUCAACGCAUAUCUCACCAUGGGCAAGCGCGUAGAGGGCUUCUACCGCGAGUUCGGCUACCUGCCCGCCAUUGUGCCGCCGAACGACCUCGAGCGUCGCCAGGCGCUGCGACGGUACGGCCCGCCCAAGAUUUCGAGCGACGUCAACUUCGAACGCGUGGCGCACCUCGUGAAGCUCGUCUUCAACACCAAGCUCGUGAUUGUCAGCCUCGUGGGCGAGAAGACGCAGCACUUCCGGACGCAGGCGGGCGCCUCGUCGAGCGGCUUCUCGCCCGAGUGGCUGCAAAGCAUCGCCAUGUCGCGCAACUGCUCGUUCUGCUCGCAUGCGAUUCUGCAGGACAACGACGAGCCGUUCGUCGUGCUCGAUACGCUCAAGGACUGGCGCUUCGCCGGCAAUCCGCUCGUCGCCAACUCGCCGCACAUCCGCUUCUACGCGGGCGCGCCGCUGCGCACCACCGACGGCUUCAACCUCGGCAGCCUGUGCAUCAUCGACGACAAGCCGUGGCCCGAGUUCAACCCGCGUCAGCGCCACACGCUGCGCGAGUUUGCUCGCGUCGUGAUGCGCGAGAUGGAGCUUGCACGAGACGCGAUCCACCUCAAGAGCCGCGACCGCAUGCAGCAUUCGAUCGAGCUCUUCACGCGCGAAUGCCUCGAGAUGGAGUCUGGCGACGCUAGCGCGGAUGAGGACGAGGCAGGUCUGCACCAGGUGUACACGUUCGCUGCGAAGGGCAUGCGCGAGGCCCUGCAGGCCUCCGGAGCCAUCGUCUUCGAUCUGUCGCACUUCGAGCUCGUCGAGUCUCCGUCGUUUGACGGCGAGGAGACUACCAGCAAGAUCUUCUUCCCGAGCCCCUACCAGAACCCCGACGCCGCGCCGUUUGCCAGCUUUGACAACCCGGGCGGCAUCGAGGGUCUCAUGGAGACGACUGGCGGCAUGUCACAGGAGGCCGGUGCGGAGCUCAAGAACAAGGCGGUGCCGCCCAUGGCGGUGCUCGGCGCAAGCGAGUCGCACGCCGCGCCGCCAGACCGCGGCCAGCCGGUGCCGCUCUCGCACUACAUCAAGGUGGCCGAGUUCUUGCGCCGUCACCGCACGGGCUGCUACUAUCCCUUCGUGCCCGCGCCCUUCCGGCAUCUGCUGCCCCCAGACGCGUCGAACCUGCUGCUCGUGCCCAUCUUCGGCCUGAACAAGCAGCCCUUUGCGCUGCUGUGCGCGUACUCGAAGUCCUCGGAGAACGGUCCGCAGCUGCAGGACAUCAAGGACUCGGGGCUGCAGUACCUGCGUGCCAUGGGCACGAUCAUCCUGAGCGCCAUUCUCAAGAAGGACAUCAUGCUCGCGGACAAGGCCAAGAGCCACUUCAUCUCGAACAUCUCGCACGAGCUGCGCACGCCACUGCACGGCAUUCUUGCCGCUGCCGAGCUCUUGGCGGAGACGAAGAUCAACGCAACGCAGGGCAGCUACCUCGAGACGGUCGAGGCGUGUGGCAAGAGUCUGCUCGAGCUCGUCAACCACGUGCUCGACUUCACCAAGCUCAGCGGCAACACGCGCACGAGCCAGAUGGCGACGAAGCCGACGCAGCGGUGCGAUCUCGUGAAGCUCGUGCAGGAGGUCUGUGAGAGCAGCUGGAUCGGCCAGAUGGCACGCAAGCUCGACAGCCAGCAGUCGUCGGGCAUCGGCAGCGCCUAUGCUCAGGGCUCGUCCGGCUCUGCGGAGCCGGGAGCCGCCUCGGUGCGUCCGAGCAUCGGCCGCGCGCUGGGCGGCGGCGCAGUGGAGACCGUCAUCGACGUGAUGAUGCGCCCCGACGGCUGGCUAGUCAAGUGCGAUGCGGCAGGCAUCCGCCGCGUGCUCAUGAACCUCAUCGGCAACUCGCUCAAGUUCACGACCGAGGGCUUCGUGCACGUGUCGCUGCGCGAGCUGCAGACCUCGGACACGCACGUCGUCGUCGAGCUUGGCGUCACGGACACGGGCAAGGGCAUCUCGCGUGCGUUCCUCGAGGAGCAGCUCUUUCACCCCUUCACGCAGGAGAACCAUCUCGGCCCAGGCACCGGUCUUGGCCUCUCGAUCGUCAACAGCAUUGUGCAGUCGCCGGCAAUCAACGGCAAGAUCGACGUGUGGAGCACGCUGGGACAGGGCACGGAGAUGCGCGUCACCUGCGAGCUCGAGCUGGCUGAUGCAAAUGCGGCCGACCUCGAGGGACUCGUCUACCGCCCGCAGCUCAACGUCGCGCAGCAGCACACAGUCUCGCUGCUCGGCUUCGACCCUGAGUCGCGCGGCCACAGCGACCUCAAGGAGGUGCUGCGAAGCUAUCUCGAGGACUGGUGGCACUGCACAGUCGUUGAUGCUGAUGCCGACUUCGUCGUCAUCAACGAGGCGCUGCCGCUGCUCGAAGACCUGGCGAAGACGGCACGCGACGCUCAGCGAUCGCCGCCGCCGGCACUUGUCCUCACUGGAGCCCGCGGCGAUCCGCAGGGCACGGCCGCGUGUGACAACUACCACCGCGCCGGCGGUGUGUCGCGCCUGCUCUUCAAGCCCGUCGGUCCUGCCAAGCUCGAGUCGCUUGUGGACUUCUGCGUUCGCUGCGUCGAGCGCAUCAAGCGUGGCGAGCCCGCGCUGGCAGCCGACGAAGAUCGCGACGCCCCGCUGCCCUCGCCGGCAGCGUCGCCCAUGAAGCCGGCCCUGGAGAAGGCCGACUCGUACUUCUCGACCACGUCGUCCUCGUCGGCGCGCACUCCUCGUGUCGAGGUCCGGCUCAACAGUGCGCUCACGCCCAAGGCCUCCGAUUCCUCACGUGUCACAGUGCCGAGCCUGCAUCACGCUGCGCUCAGCUCGCAUCACAUGUCGCCCGGCCCGCCCUCGCUCUCCGAUGCCGGCUCAUUGCUGCGGCGCCACUCAGAUCACGACCGCAACGCCACGAUCAGAACGCACUCGGACAGCUCAAUCGACUCGGCGCCGCCAACCUCGCGCCGCUCGCGUCCGACGUUGCCAGCGCGCAGCAUCACGUUCCACGAGCCACGCCUGCAGCGGCAGGCGGUGAUGUCACCGAACCAUUCUUCUCAUCCGCAUUCGGGCAGCUCGCGGCGCAGCGACAGCGGCGAGGUGCACGACUACUUCGGCCCGGCCGCCAUGGCUGCCACGGCGUCGACGUCGGGGUCGUCCACUGCGUCCAUGCACAGCGCCUCAACGCCAAACUCGCCAGGUUCGACCAUCUCGCUCGAAGGCGGCGACGGAGCAAUUCUCAGGAGCGCGCUGCAGACGCCGCGCGGCAGCCACGGCUCGCACAGCUCCAUCAAGCGGCGUCUGCACAUCCUCUCGAUCGACGACAACCAGAUCAACCGCAAAAUGCUGGCGGCGUUCCUGAGCAAGAUGGACGUCGAGUACGUCGAGGCGGCGAACGGCGAGGAGGGCGUGCGCGCCUUCGAGGCACAUCCGCCGCAGUACUUCGACGUCAUCCUCAUGGACAUCUCGAUGCCCGUGCUCGACGGCAUCUCAGCCACGGCGCAGAUCCGCAAGAUGGAGGCCGAGCGCUUCCGCGCCGCCGUGCAGCACGGCGGCGCCCAGGCUCCGUCGUCGUGGCGCGGCGCUCACCCGCGGGCUCCGGGCGUUGGCACGCCGGGCGGCUCGCGGCCAACAGCGCAGUCGCGCGCCAAAAUCUUCGCCCUCACCGGACACUCGUCCGACGACGACAAGCGCCGUGCGUUCGCCACGGGCGCCGACGGCUUCAUCGUCAAGCCCUUGAGCUUCAAGAUUCUCUCUUCUCUUCUGAAGAUGCUGGCCUACACCGACUAGGCUGUCGCCACCGGACUCCAGCAUCGCCUCUAUCUACCAUGCGUUCCGCGUAAUCUUCUUCCCUCCUCUCAGCCCGCCUUUCCCUCGGCGCGCCGCGUGCGCAUCUCCGUUCCUCCUGACUCCUCUCGCGAUCCGCACCACGCCGCCUGCCUUUGCCAUCUUCACAGUCAAGAUCUCAUCCGCCGCAAGCCCCUCAUGUCUCGGCCCUCUCAAUUCUCUCUCCGCGCCUUCACUCUGUGUCUCUGCCCCACCACAUGAUCUUGCAUGCCCACCGUCAGGGCCAAAAUCAUCCGCGCCGCCUAGACACAUCGCGUUAAUGCAAGCUCAUCCCCAUUGCUUCGU